AUGACAGAAGUUACAACAGCGGUGUUCUGUUUCAUACACCCCGUGCCCACUAUGUGCAACUGAAUAUAACUGCUAUGAUCCUUUGGAACAAGAGUUAAAGCUAGCAAACCUGACUGAAACGAAACCCGAUUGAAACCAAUAAGGGUAUUGAAACCAUGAACUGGACAUGGGUUGCAACAUUUGUGUGCGUUCUUAUGCUACACUUAUGCACUGCAAAUGAAAAUGGUAACAAAUUAAAACUGGAUAGUUUUCGCCCAGUUUUAGAUACAGUUAAAGUGCUUGAUUUUGAGCCGUCAGUUUUCGACUUUUCGAAAGAUUUUCUCUACGCCGGCAAGCCUGUGUUGUUCAAGCUACGCGGGAAGUCCUGGCUGGAAGCAAUAGAGAAAGUUGGCAAUGUUUCGUUCCUAAAAGAGCAGAUGCACGGCUUCCAUGGUAAAGCAUACAAACGAGCUAUAUGGACUUCUGGUUGGUCAACUGAAACAAGGCUAGAGUUCAGUAAGUUCAUUGAUACUUUGGAAACAAAUAAACUUUACUGGGACUCGGAAUUACCACUUACUCAUGACUUAACGUCCCAUAUACCGUUACCACACUUUAUUAAUACCCCACCCAUCCAUAAAUUGAUUUCUGCUUCUACUGUGCUCUUCACAAACACAAAUGCAACCUCUGUUUUCCACCAUGAUGGGUCAGAGAAUCUGUUUUUCCAACUUAAAGGUACAAAGGAUUGGUUGUUAGCCAACUACACUGCCAGUGAGGAUGCCUAUGCAGAUUCAUACCAAGAUUUACAGCCUGGAUUGUCGCCCAUUAACCCUGAAGAUAUUGACAUCGAAAAAUAUCCUUUGAUUAAGAAUAUUCAGUUUUAUAACGUGACAACUGAGCCAGGUGAUGUUCUGUAUGUACCCGAGUACUGGUGGCACCAUGUGCGUUCGUACGGCCAGCCGAACAUUGGGUUUAAUAUUUGGAUGGAGGUGUUUAAUGUCCCGAACCUCGAUCAUAUCAACAAAGUUGCCGCAAGUGCAGUACAACAUGCGGAGUUCCGAGCAAAAGAAAAAAUGUUUGAAUUCCCGAACCAACUCCAGUCUGUGGCAGAUGUAAUGCAGAAGCCGGUUAAAAAGUCGGACACACAACAUGUCACAACUGAUAACUUGAUUUACCUUGGAUCUGAUGAUGGUUACUUCUAUGCUUUUAACGCUUUGGAUGGUACAGUAGUAUGGAAACAUAAGACAAGUCAGGAUGCCGGCUCUACUGGUGUGUUUAAUAAUGAUGAAUCGAACCCAAUAAUAUAUUUAGCUGGCGAAGACGCUUUUGUUUACGCGUUUGAAGCGUCUACUGGUGAAGUUCUAUGGAAGCAACAAUUAGGUGAUGCUGUUACUGCACCUUUAAGAUUGGAUGCUGAGAAACAAGUGCUUUAUAUUUCUUCUUUAGACAUGCAUGCUUAUGCAUUGGAUGUUUCCAAUAAUGGGAAGAUAAUAUGGAAAAGUGGGCUUUAUGCAGGGGAACUGUGGGCUGCACCUUACAUACACGAAGAUGGGGUAAUUAUCGCUGUUAAAACAAAUGAAGAAACUUUUAAAGAUAAAACCCCAACAGUUAUAAUGCUAGAUAAGGUUAAUGGAAAAGAGAUCUGGACUUACAGCACCAAGAGUUCUAUCUUUGCUACACCUGCUAUUUCAGAAAAGGAUGGUUUAGCAUACGUUGCAUCCUAUGAUGCAUAUCUUCAUGUGAUUGAUAUUAAAACUGGGAAGCUGGUGUGGAAAAUGGAUGUAAAAGAACCAUGCGAUGCCUCCCCUGUGUUUUAUGAUGAUAAAAUUAUUGUCACCACUUUAUAUGGGGCAGUACAGUGUAUUAGCAUUAAAGGUAAGUCUGUUGUAUGGGAAAAAGAGCUCGCCGAAAAUGAAGAAUCAACUACUAUUUCAACCCCUCUGUUGGUGCCUGGCCUUAACAUGCUGUUUUCCCCAGUUGGUAACAUUCUAUAUGCAGUUAACGUGAAUAAUGGGAAAAUAUUGUGGCAGUUUAAAGCAAAGGAUGCAUUUAUGGCAAGUCCACGCAUGGACAAAGCUGGAGUUCUGUAUAUCGGCAACAGCGACAAUUAUCUUUAUGCCUUCAAUGCUGUAUCAGGGAAAUUGGUUUGGAGUACCAAAACUGAAGGCCCAGUUGUAGCAAGUGCUGUUAUUCCUGAUAAAUAUGCUGCAGACAUGGUUGGAGCUUUGCUGUAAAUAUGUUUGUACUGAGAAUUUGUUUGUAAUUUUAAUAAUGUGACAGUUCAAGUACUUGUUAGAUUAAAGUGAAAUUUCACUGUAAAUGAAGUCGUGGACUUCACUGAAAAUAUGUUUGUUCCAAAAGUAGUUUACAAUUUGAACCAUGUUGCAACGGUCGGAUUAAAGUGAAAAUUCAUUCUUUUACAUUCUAAAGAGCAACCUUUCAAUUUACUCUUCAACAUGGCGUUGAUUUAUAUUAUACACGGCAUUGAUUUAUAUUAUAUAUAUAUAUAACCCCCCAUACAUUUUUCAGGGACCCCUUUCAAUUUCCAAUAAUAAAAACCUUUUAUUCUUUAAUUUAAAAAAUCUGAACCUACUAUCGACUAUCACAACUUAUUGCUGGGAAUUUAACAACCCUGGAAUUUAUAAAAUCAUCGCCACAGUUAGUUCGAUGCCUUGUAGAUAUUCUUUUAAUUUUAUUGUGCCCAAGGCACCCCAUGUGCAAAUUGUCUUUAUUGCGCCAAAGUGAGCAUCUUUGUACUUGUGUUGUUAUGUUUGUUGACAUGAGAUUGUAUGUUGAAUUGCCCAAGAGAUUAUAAGUGUAACUGUGCCAUGAAGGAAUCUUCAAUAAAUCAUACCAGAACAAG